CGUUCCCACCGCCGUACGGCGAGAUGGCGACGCCCGCGCUUCCGCUGCGCCGCGCUUGGCUACCGCGGCUUCCCGUCGCCGUGUCGCGCAGUAGUCCGUCGGAGCGACACCGCGGUCAGUCGGCGACCGGACAGGGAAGAUGGACGCAGCCACCUUGACAUAUGAUACUCUCCGGUUUGCUGAAUUCGAAGAUUUCCCUGAGACCUCAGAGCCUGUUUGGAUUCUGGGCAGAAAAUACAGCAUUUUCACAGAGAAGGACGAAAUCUUGUCUGAUGUGGCAUCCAGACUCUGGUUUACAUACAGGAGAAACUUUCCAGCCAUUGGGGGAACUGGCCCGACCUCAGACACAGGCUGGGGCUGCAUGCUUCGCUGUGGUCAGAUGAUCUUUGCCCAGGCCCUGGUAUGCAGGCACCUAGGUCGAGAUUGGAGGUGGACUCAGCGGAAGAGGCAACCUGACAGUUACUUCAACGUCCUCAAUGCUUUCCUCGACAGGAAGGACAGCUACUACUCCAUCCACCAGAUAGCGCAAAUGGGAGUUGGCGAAGGCAAGUCUAUAGGCCAGUGGUACGGGCCGAACACUGUUGCCCAGGUCCUCAAGAAGCUUGCUGUAUUCGACACGUGGAGUUCCUUGGCUGUUCACAUAGCAAUGGACAACACUGUGGUGAUGGAGGAGAUCAGAAGGUUGUGCAGGGCCAGCCUUCCCUGUGCAGGGGCUGCUGCAUUUCCUACAGAUUCAGAGCGGCACUGUAACGGGUUCCCUGCUGGAGCCGAUGUCACCAACAGGCCAUCAACCUGGAGACCCCUAGUGCUCCUCAUCCCUCUCCGCCUGGGACUUACAGACAUCAAUGAGGCCUAUGUGGAGACGUUGAAGCACUGUUUCAUGAUGCCCCAGUCCUUGGGUGUCAUUGGAGGGAAGCCCAACAGUGCCCACUACUUUAUUGGCUAUGUUGGUGAGGAGCUCAUCUAUCUGGACCCCCAUACUACACAGCCUGCAGUGGAGCUGACUGACAGCUGCUUUAUCCCCGAUGAGAGCUUCCACUGCCAACACCCUCCCUGCCGGAUGGGCAUUGGAGAGCUUGACCCAUCCAUUGCUGUGGGAUUUUUCUGUGAGACUGAGGAAGACUUUAACAAUUGGUGUCAGCAAGUCAAAAAGCUGUCCCUGCUUGGCGGUGCCCUGCCCAUGUUUGAGCUGGUAGAACAGCAGCCUUCCCAUCUGGCCUGUCAGGAUGUCCUAAACCUGUCCCUAGAUUCUUCUGAUGUAGAGAGACUGGAGAGGUUCUUUGACUCUGAAGAUGAAGACUUUGAAAUCUUAACCCUCUGAAACUCCUGUGGUUGGGGAUGGCCUCUGUGGCCUUCACUGGGGUGCUUUGAGAACCCAGACCUGCCUUGGGCACUCAGUGUCACCGCAUUCCAUCCACCCAGCCCACCCCUGCCGAGUGCUGUGCGCCUGUGCCACCUCUGUCCAGAGGGCCUGCUCUGCUCAUGGACCAAGGACUGCGGUGCUUGGAGGCCUUACUGCUUGGAGUCAGACUGCCUAACCCCAAACACACCGAGGGCCUAGUCAGGAAGAGCAGGAGGUCAGGAGCUUCCAGAGCUCUCCACUUGACACUGCCAGCCCUGGUCCUGCUUUCUCCUGGGCACCCGGGUCUGUGGUUUAUUCGGCAUUAAAGCCCUGUUUGAAGUUGUUUAACAAAGACAUGAAUUUCUGGGGCACUUCCCAGGGCAGCCAUAGAAGGCCUACAGGUUGACACAUACAGAGUAACAGCCACAGCAUGGCCUCAUACUGCUGGGCAGGGUGAGCUUUGGGCUGUCUCCGCUGUCCAGUGUGAUUAUCAAGGGCUACCUCAGUGGGAGAGCAUAUGCAAAGAACUACAGCAAGGCUGCUACUUGCUUUGAAUAUUCCAGUGGGGCAUGUGGAAAACCCAAAGACGUGAGUGUGCGUGGCCAGUGUGGACACCUGAGCCAUGGGGUAAGCCUUCAAGCUCCCAGGGCAUCUGGAGCUGUGGUCCUGGGGAUCUUCCCCAUUAGGACCUCCCUAGGGAAGAGAUUUGUUUCCUGUAAGGGGCUGAUGCAUUGAAAGUCACAUGGCCUGCUUCUGUCCGCUUGCCACCCUGCUUCCCUCUGGGGGAGGGGGGAAAGGGACGCAGAGCUGCUCUUUGCUUGUGACACUACCCGCUGGUGGUGGGUGCACACUACUUGAGCCUUCUUCCACGUUCUUGCCCUUCUCAGAAACCCUCCGGGGUGGAUUUUAGAUGGUUCGGGGCCAAAAAGGCUAACGAGCUAUGGCUUUUAGUGCUUAGUAGACGUUUAAACAGCAGGCAGCUCCAGGCACCGGCAGGCGAAGUCCCUCCUCGGCACUCAUUUCCAUCCCUGCCACUCCUAACCCUGGCUCUCUGCGCCUUCAAGCUUUGAUGCUCUUGCUCUGCUGUCUUAGAGAGGCCUUCCGUCCCCUAGGAGAUAGGAACAGCAUGGCAGUGUGGGAUGGCCCUUUCUGGGGCUUUGACUAAAAGCCCUUCCCCAGGAGCCUGCCUGUUAAUGGGUGAGGCUGGAGCUGCUCCCUGGUGGCCUAUGCCAGAUAAGGCAACUCUUAAGGGGCCCACAAAGUAACAAGGGUUACCCCUGCUCACCAAGUGUUAACAUAAUUUAUUUCCUCUUCCUCUCCCCUAUAUCUUGUUCCUUACCUUCAGGUGGGUUGGGACUGGGGGGGAUGGGGGAAGGCCAGGACAGUUUCCAUUCCCCUGACGCUCCACUCCGUCAGUAACCAUUGUGUUGCUGUGACCCAGGGUCUUACUGAUGGUACCAAGGGUGGGUGUGUGGAAACUACAACCUGAGGGAACUCUCAGGGCUUGAGAAAGGCUUCCUGAGGUUGUUCAUUCUUAGUAGUAUAGUUUGCAAUUCUUAAUGGUAAAUAAUAAGUUUCAGUAGAAAACAAAA